GGUUCCAAUCACGCUGCGUGGUUCCCCUUGUGAUAACGAUAAGCUUAACCCGUCCUCGCCAAACCCCCAGGCGAAGCCCAUGGGGAGUUCGACGGCAACCCUAACCCCACUCCCCUAUCUCCUCUCCUCCCUCCUCCCACCCAAGCCCUUGACCCUCCUCCUCCCCGCCCGUCGCCCGGGCACCUCCGGCGGCGGCGUGGCGAGAUCCACGGUGGUGGUCGGGUACAUGGAGCGGAAACCCAACUCCCUCGCCGGGUUCGCGAGCAAGGUAAUCGGGUCGCUCCCCGUGGUGGGCCUCGUCGCCCGGAUCUUGAGCGACGAGGGGGGCGUCGCCGACGACCUCAUCGACUUCGCCGAGUUCCGGCGUCGGGUCGGCAAGAAGUGCAGCAUCACCGAUUCCAGAGCCUUCUACGAGUUCCAGGACCGCCGCGGUCGGGCAGGGGAUCCACUGUAUGUUCUUCUCUGUUGCUGGUUGGCCGCGGUUGGUGCUGGACUUCUGAAGUCCGAAGAGAUACUGGAAGGGGCGGCCAGGCUUCGCAUUUCAAAUGAUAUCGAGUUUGAGGAGGAGACUUUCUUCGCCAUGAUGACUACUGCAAAGGAGAGGCGAACAAAACUGAAGGCUGCAACCCCAGAAAUCCCUAUGGAGAUUAGAAUUGAGAAAGCGCUGGAGGCUAUUUACGUCUGCUGCUUUGGUAAGGAUACCAUAGAAGAAGAGGAUGUCAGAUUACUGUGUAAUAUGUUACAUGCAGUUUUCCCUUCAGUCAGGAAGCAAGAGAUUGAUAGAAUAGUCAGUUCCAUGGUAAAGCAAAUAGCUACAGGUGAGAGAACAAAUUAUCCAGAGCCAAAAUCUUUGUCCAAAGAAGCCGUAGAGCGGCAAAUGAAGGACCUCGAGUUUCUGCAACAGAAGAGCGAAAACUCGAGCUAACCUUCCUGAUGUAUCGAGUCUCUCUUCUUACCAAUGCAGUAGUAGUUUGCAUA